AUGAACAAACAUCCUGGUCGACCUGUGGCGAGUGGUAAUGUUUUUGGUUCAGACAGCGAAGAAGAUGCAAGUGAAAAUGUCUCGAAAAAGCAUUUUAAUAGACUUGCUGAGAUCGGACCAGUAAUAUCUAGCAGCGAACCAGAGGUUCGAGAAGAUGACGAAGAUGACGACGUCGAUGAAGAAGAGGACUAUAUGUCGAUGGUGCUUCCAGGACACGAACCAGAGAAAGAUUUUGAUGAAAUCAAUCGUGAAGAGCUACUCUCUAAAGCCCAGGGGCUCACUAAAGAAGAUAUAAGCCUUCGAACGAAUUUGAAGAGAUCUCUAAUAGAGCGAGAACCAGAGAAUAAGGGACUAAAGAUGAUGAAGCUUAUGGGAUUCAAACCUGGUAGUUCUCUAGGAGCAGCAUCUACUGAAAGUCAACUUAACAAAGAUCAAGCUCGUUCUAAUGAGCCUAUUGUGAUAGAGAUUAAAAAGGGCAGAGGGGGAAUUGGAUAUGACAGUGCAUUACGAGACGAGGUCAAUAAAAGCGUUGACGUCGCCAUUGAGAAACAAAAAGAGUCUAAAGAAAACUUUUUAUCACGGAUAUCGGAAAGUUAUUCAGAUAAGAAACUCAGUAGCCAGAUCAAGUCUGCUCAGAAGGUUGCUUUGGACCUGGAUGCUACUGCUGACGGGGUCGAGCCUGAGACGAUCUACGAGGCAGAAGACCCUUUCUCAGUAAAUAUUAUAUAUAGGUCACUUGUUUGCGAGCACCAGUUGAAUAAGAAGGUGAGAGAGCUACGUCGAAAUAUGGAGAAUCCGAGCUUCGACACAAAUAUAUCAGUGGAGUUGCUUGAUAUGAAAGGAGACGAUAAAUCACAGAAAGAACUCGAGGAGUUUCAGCUUCUCGAGAAAAGUCAUCAGCUGUUCCGGGUGUUGAUAUACUUACGAAGUGUAUAUUUUUAUUGCAUGUGGUGCGGGUUCUCUUACAAUGAUGAAAACGAUUUAGAGGAAAAUUGCCCCGGAAUGUUAGAACAAGAUCAUUAA